AUGUAUUCUUUGGCAACAGGUCCCUGGAUGAAACAUGGACACGGGCGGAUACAAUGGUGUGUAGAUGCAUGCAAAGAAUACUUUCUACAUGGAACUUUAGAGAAUUUAUUGAAGAAAGAUUUACGGCGUCUGGCUCAUGGCAAUCCAACCCAAUUAGAAAUAGGUUUAUUACCUCAACACGAGGAAGAUGUAGAGAGGAUUGUCAAGUCAUUUCAAUAUAGACAACUUUCUUUAUUGGAUGUUGGCAGUUGUUAUAAUCCUUUUGAAGUUUAUGAAGAGUUUUGUGUUACUGCUAUUGACAUUGCUCCUGCUACAAAAAAAGCUUUGAUGUUGUUGUAUUUUCUCUUUCUUCUUUCUUACUUUCCAUCUACUGAACAACGAAUGCAAUGUUGUAUUAAUGCUCAUAAGGUUUUGUGUCAUCAUGGCAUUCUCCUUGUAAUAACUGCUGACAGUUCUCACAAAAAUAGACAUGUAGAUAUGAUGAAGUCAUGGACAUUUGCUAUAGAGAAUAUUGGAUUCCAUAGAUGGAAGUAUGUUAAGGACACUCACCUUCAUUGCAUGGCUUUCAGAAAAACUAGAACUAUUCUGGAUUAUCUAUCUAUCAAAUCUAAGCUUCAUGCCAACUUGUAUAUUCCACAAGAUAGUUCAUGUUUACUUAUCAAAAGAUGCUGGAACUAA